CAGUGCCCGAGUGACGAUGACAUUGGUUCAAAAGCUGACCUUUUCGAUGGUGCUGCAAGAGGAGAAAAUGCUACGCGUGUUUGGAACGAAACUGCUUCUGGUUCGUCGUAUGAUGAGAGACACUCACCUCAGGAAUUGGAAAACGCUGCCGUGCAGAACAAUCAAUCUUCUAAUAAAGAACUUGAGCUUCCAUCUAUACGUAGCUCAGGACUAACAAAAGUAAAUUCUGAGGUUGGAACUCCAAGGAGGAUCCAGAAAGAGACAUUACCUUCCAACUUUCCAGUUUUUUAUGCAAGUGAACAAGGUCCAUGGUCUGCAAUGAUUUGCUAUGAAGCCUGUGUGCGGCUGUGUCUUCAUUCUCGGGCAACAGAUAGUGUCAGUGAGGCUUCAUACUUCCUCAACGACGAUUGCGUUUUACUCCGAAAUGCAUUUGGUUUGCAGAAUUUAUUCCUUCGAUCCGAAGAAGAACAACUGGGAAAUAGACCUUCUACAUUGGUCACUGAGACAACAAUUGCUCCAAAAUGCAAGAGAAGUGUUGGAAAAAUCAAACUCCAAGUUGGUAAGAUCAAAAUAGGAUUAGAUUCAAACCCUGGUUGCCAGAUUUCAUCGCUGAAGCAUCAUCAUGAGAUUGUUAGUCAGCAAAUCUCGGAGCUGAGUGUUACAUUGUCUUCUGGAUGGAAGGCAGUGAAGAGAGUUCAUGUCCCUCCUCGAGUAGUUGUGCAUGGUUCACUCUCCCGUAAAAGCCGGGCGUAUAUGCGCUCAUGUGCUAAGUACCUUAAACAGAUCUCAAAAGCCCUUCAACAAGAAUUCGUUGAAACUCACAGUACUAGACAACGUUCUCUAAACGCAGUACCAGAAAAGUAUUCAUGUUCUUUGAGGCUAAAGAGCUCUGCAGAAGAGGAUCACGUUAUAACACAACCUGAAUCUGGCGAAACAUUUGUCUUCUUACCAGAUAGCAUCUGUGAUGAUUUGAUUAUUGAUGUCCGUGAUUCAAGUGGGCAUUUUUGUGGUCGUGUCAUAGCUCAACUAGCUGCUAUAGCUGAUGAACCGAACGAGAGGCUUAAAUGGUGGACAGUAUAUCAUGAACCAGAGCAUGAACGUAUUGGGAGAAUCCAAAUUCAUAUAAACUACUCAAGCAGCUUAACUGAAAAAACUAAGUGUGGAUUGGUUGCAGAAGCUCCAGCAUAUGACUUGGUCUUGGAAGUGGCUAUGAAAGCUAUGAAAUUUCAGCGCAGAAAUCUGUUAAUCGAAGGGCCAUGGCGUUGGAUGUUAACUCAAUUUGCAAACUAUUAUGGGAUCUCGGAUGCAUAUACAAAAUUAAGAUAUCUUUCAUAUGUCAUGGAUGUGGCCUCACCUACUAAGGACUGUCUUGAUCUGAUAUAUGAUUUUCUGUCUCCCAUUUUAACGGAACGAAGUCGAAAGGAGUUAUUAAGUCAUCAAGAGAAACGCUUGCUUGGGGAAAUUGAUGACAAUGUUCGGAAGAUUCUUGCUUCGACAUUCGAGAACUAUAAAUCUCUUGACGAAUCUUGUUGUGCUGGAAUCAACGAUGUUUUCGAGCCUCCUACAAGGACUCCAGCACCGGCUUUAACACCAGCUAUCAAGCUUUACGAAAUCUCAACUGAUAUAUCCAUCAAUAACAGCAAUGUGAUCCCAAGGUAUAUAGACCUUCCAAAGCUUUCGGCCGCAAUAUACAGCGCCGAUCUAAUCAAAAGACUAAGGGAAUAUCUUACCGCAUGCCCUCCUCCUUCUCCAUCGCCUCCAGUUGUCGACCUCGUCAUUACCACUGCUGACUUUGAAGCCGAUCUCUUACGUUGGAAUAUAAUGCCGAUCAAUGAUGAUUUUAAUGUCCUUGAGCUUUUCAAUCCAUAUAUUACUACUUGGAUCGAGGAGAAGAAAAAUUCUCUGCAUGAAUUCUGCAAGUCAGAAACGGGAAAAGCUUAUAGUGAGAUUCAAGGCAUGACCUCUCCUUUUGUCGAUAAAAUGUAUGAGUUACUCAACGUGACACUUGACGAAUUUGAUGUCAUCGUAAGGCGUUGGCCAUAUUAUGCAGUGUGCUUGGAGAAAGUUGUUGCGCGUUCGGAGAAGGCAAUGAUUGAAGCGUUGGAGAAGAAGUAUUCGGAAAGAUUAUCUUCCUUAAACGACAGCAAGAUAUCUGCCCUCAAAUUCGUCCAUAGGUUGACAAAAAAAGGCACAUCUAACAUCUACUUUGUUCCAGAAGAGCUUGGAGUUCUUCUAAAUUCACUGAACGCAGCGCUUGACGAUUUACGGCCGAGUAUUGAAACCCGGUUCAAAGAGUGGAACUCUUACCUCUCUGUUGAAGGAAACAGAGAAGUUUUGGGAAAGCGGCUGAACGAAGUAACUGUGCGGUUAAGAUCAAAAUUCAGAAGUCAUAUGGAGGCGGUCGUGGAGAAACUUGCAGAGAAUAUGAGGAUACACAGUCACAUGAAGAUGAAGAACAUCAUCCACGACAUAAAGGGAACAACGGAAGAAUCAGAUGUUAGGAACAGAAUGCAGAGUUUGAAAGAGUUACUAGACAGGACCAUUGAUCACCUGCAUGAUGUUUUGUCACCAGAUGUGUUUGUCUUAACAUGCAGAGAAUUAUGGGACAGAAUGGGACAGGAAGUGCUUUACCUUUUGGAAAACAGGAAAGAUAAUAGAGUGACUUGGCACAAAGGCCUGAGUAUCGCUGUAUCUGUUUUAGAUGAGAUAUUCAUGACUCAAAUGCGAAGCUAUCUAGGGGAUUCGCUUAAAGAAGAGGAUUUUGAGGCACCGGGCUCGAUGAUGGAGCUUCAGUCUAUGCUCUGUGGCGAAAGGAAUGGCUUCUACUAC